UAUUCGUUUGCGAGUCCGUCGAAUAACCGAAAUAUGUACCCAUUUUCGUAACCCUUGUCGUAACUCGUAACCCUCAAUGAAUGUAGCAAUGGACGUCGAUGAGCAUGAGCACUUUAUGCGAGAAGCUCUUCUCGAGGUACACAGCCUCUGAUUAACUCUGUCGAUAUGCGCUAUUUAGUGCCUACCUAACUCCUGCAAAUUUAAUACAACAGGGCGAGAGGGCGUUGACUAGAGCGGAAGUGCCCGUGGGAUGCGUGUUCGUAUACAAAGGCGAGAUCAUCACACGGGCAUCCAACCGGGUCAACGAGCUUUACAAUGUGUGCAAGCUCGAAAAACACCAUUGCGAAGUUGCCAAUGCUCAAUUCUUAAUUUUCCUCUUAUUGCAUUGUUAAUUGCAGGCCACGAUGCACGCUGAGAUCGUAGCGAUUGAAGCAAUCGCUGCCAAAUAUGGAGACAAGGCAGGCGAAGUUCUGGCCGACUGCACGUUAUACGUGACGUGCGAGCCGUGUAUAAUGUGCGCAGGGGCGCUCGCACAUGUUUUCAUUAAACGCGUAUACUUUGGCUGCCACAACGACCGUUUUGGAGGAUGCAGCUCCGUGCUCAACUUGCAUGAGCGCAGCGCACUCCCGAAAAGCAAAGCGCACCGUGGCUUCCCGUGCGUGUCAGGCAUUCUCAAGGAUGAGGCGAUCACUCUGCUGAAGAAGUUCUACACAAACGAGAACCCACGAGUGGAAGACUCCAAGAAGAAACGCAAGAAACGCAGUCAAGAAACUGGGGAGACGGCUGCAAGUGAGCCCAAUGGAGUCUUAGAAAAAGCAUAAUUUCCGCUUUAUUGCAUUCUGAAUGAUAAUCAUGCUUCUAUUGCUUA